AUGGCAAGAACUCUGAAGUGUUGUCUGGUAUGCGGACUAAUUUCUAUAGCAGUCAGUGCGUACAACUGGAACUGGCGUGGGUCGCGUUCAGUUUCCGUGGCAGCCAAAGACAGCUCUAGGUUCCAUGAAAAACAAACACACGAGCACGAGAUCAAUAACGAGAACAAUCGCCGGUUGCCAAGAGUUCAGGACAACACAAACCAAACCAGUGACACGCCUGUUAAAACUGGGAACGACGAUCGAUUAGCAAACAACAUCAACACAGGUGUAAUAAAUACCAAAGGCAUCAGCCAGUUGUUAAAUGUCACCGAUAAAAAACAACAGAUUAGUUUCUCCCACGGCACGUUCUAUCUUGCGACUAAUAUAAUUAAAGGCGUCGGUCUUGGAAACUUAAUAUAUAUGUAUGCAUCGCUGGUAGGCCUAGCUAACAGCAGGAAUAUGACAGUAGCUCUACAAGCAAACCAUCCUCUUAGGAAAAUGUUUCAUCUCAAAGCAAUGUUUUUUCCAAAAACAAUCAUGUUCAAAACUUUCAAAAGAGUAACUUCAGAGAAAUGUUGUAUGUAUGACGAAACGUUUCUAGAAAUGCCUCGAAAUCGUAAUUACACAAUUGACAGUCUGUUACAAUCGUGGAAGUAUUUUAGCCACGUGGAAUCAAAUAUUCGUCAUCAGUUAAGAUUUAAAGAUCACAUCAAGUCCGUUGCCGAGAAACGAAUUCGUGAAAUUCGUGAAAAAUAUCAGUCAAAAAGUCCAGGGGAGAUAACUCUAAUAGGUGUUCAUAUACGAAGAGGUGAUAAAGACUCCAAAAUAGCCAGAAAAAACGGAAAUUACGUCGCUCCGCCUGAAUAUAUAAAAAAUGCAAUGGCGUAUUAUGUGUCUAGGUUUUCAAACUGUGUUUUUGUUGUUUGUAGUGAUACCAUGACGUGGGUGGGAAAACACGUAAAAACAAAUUCAGGGAUGGAACUGAUAUCAGAAACGAACUCUCCGCAAGUGGAUAUGGCCAUAUUGUCUCUAUGCAAUCACACUAUUAUGACAGUGGGGACAUUUGGAUGGUGGGGAGGCUAUUUAGCUGGAGGGACUGUGUUGUACUAUAAAAAUCCGUAUGACGAAAAAGAUCAAUUCUGGAGUAAGGUAUUCAACAUGGCUGACUACUACCCAUCACAUUGGAUACCUAUGGUCUGAAUCUGUAUUAAAGUGGUAAAGCGUUCGCUUGAUGCGCGGUCGGUUAAACAUUAGGUAAUUUUGACAUAUAGUCAUCAGAGGAAACCCACUACAUUUUUUCAUUACCAGCAGGGGAUCUUAUAUGCA